ACUACUCUCACUACCCUCACUACCCUCACUACCCUCACUACUCCCACCACUCCCACCACCACUUCUACUUGUCCUAAUUAUCAUUUCCCCUCAUUAUUAAUCAAAGCUUCGUCCCGUCCCAAAUAAAGAAACCUAGACCUCAGUCUCCAAUCCAUCUUUUUGCCAACUAUUAUAAACCACUCAUUCGGCUCGACAUAUCGGGAGUGAAAGAUUCGAAGAGAAAGGCAGAGAAAGGUAGAAAAAGGAGAAGACCAAGAAGAGAAAAAAAAGGCCAGGAAAAAAGGAAGAAAAAAAAACAAGUAGAAACGGCGUCCCCGGCAUCUUAAGCUUCGACCAGCCACGACCAAAGUGCAAAUCAGUCGACAGCUUCAUUUCUUCGUCUCGAAUUGCCCCAAAUAUUCUCCUCGCCAAAAAUUGAGACUCGGAUUCGUUCGCAGUCCAAUAUACCAACUUGUAGCUCAACAACUCGACUAUUUCCUUAGGGAUAGCAUAAACUCCCAGAGACCCAAACAAAGUUCACACGAGUGGAAAUCAGAAGAACUACUAGUAAAUAUUUGGUCUAGGUAUAUCUAGUAUAUGCUCUAGACCAGCCUUCCCUCUUCUCGAUCGGAAUAUUUGCUGUCCAACAAAGUACCGAUCAUUCUGAAUCUCCGUACGGCAAUUGUGAAGCCUAAAUCCAUUUCACCAGUGUCCAUUCUUGAGUCUUUGACCAGUUUGAUUCUUUCAAAAGAUCGACAAUAACAUUGAAUUCUUACCCACAACUCAUACUUUCUCUCGAAUGCGAACAACCCUCUUGUCAGAAUCAUGGCAGAUAUUCCUCAACUAGAUACGAUGGUUCCUCCGGGCGAUUCAAUCGAUUUUGCUUUUAAAGAUACCUCUCCUCAAGAAAAGCCUACAGAUGAUCAAACAAACGAAGCUCCCACAUCACCUGGUUCUUCGAAACCUCCUACCAUACCGUCUCUUCGACCUGCCUCAGAUUCCGAGGGAAUAGCCACCAUGACUGCAUCUUCUACACCUCUUGGUAUGUUGCAGAAUGCCAGAAGACCAAGACCUGGUCCAUCGAUACCAGGAGGAGGUAGAUCCUCGCAAGCAGGCAGACAACCUGGUGGUGGUUUACCUACUUCCAUGGCAGAAAAGAUGAAAGCGUUUCACGCAUCAAGACAAGGCGUACCUUCUCCACGACCACAGUUACCCGCGACAAUUUCAUCACCGGGGGUCCCAGCUUCACCUGUCGUAGAUGGAUUACCUGGAGGAUUACAAUUACCACCCAACAUGCGACCACCACCACAAAACUUUAUUUCCGCUCCGGUCAUUCCGAAAAUGAAAAUGGGUGGUGGUGGAUUAAGCGCAAGAAGAGGCUUGAAAUUACCUGGUGGUCUACCUCCAGCUCCAGCCGCUGCGCCAGGGUCCGAAUCAAACGGUGCACCGAACACUGCAAAUGGAGGUUCUAUGUUUAAUCAAUUUGCAAAGUAUGUUGACACGGAGAAAGGGACAUUGAAAUUUGCAGGAAAAGCUGUUAUUCAUGGAGGUGGUAUCGAUUUUGCAAAUGGUACAAAUUUCAAUAUCUCUUUGGAUGAGGUUGAUACAUUAGAAGAAUUGGGUAAAGGAAAUUAUGGUACCGUUUACAAAGUUCGACAUGCAAGACCAAGAAUGCGCAAACCUGGAUUGGGUCUCGCAGGUAAUAAAUCAUCUACAACGGACACCGAUGAUAACGAAGUGAAACCUGGAGGAGAUACAACUGGUGUGGUAAUGGCAAUGAAAGAACUUCGACUGGAACUUGACGAAGCUAAAUUCGCGGCCAUCAUCAUGGAAUUGGACAUCCUUCAUAGAUGUCUGAGUCCUUACAUUAUCGACUUUUACGGUGCAUUCUUUCAAGAGGGAGCUGUUUACAUCUGUAUAGAGUUCAUGGAUGGAGGGUCGAUUGACAAAAUUUACGGAGAUGGUAUUCCCGAAAAUGUCUUGAGGAAAAUCACCUAUGCAACAACUCAAGGUUUAAAAACUCUGAAAGACGAACACAACAUCAUUCAUCGAGAUGUCAAGCCAACGAAUAUUCUCGUCAACACCAAAGGGCAGGUCAAAAUCUGUGAUUUUGGUGUUUCUGGAAACUUGGUCGCUAGUAUCGCAAAAACGAAUAUUGGAUGUCAAUCAUAUAUGGCACCAGAAAGAAUUUCAGGUGGUGGAAUUUCACAAGCUGGUGCAAAUCCUGGAGGUGGAACCUAUAGUGUACAAAGUGAUAUUUGGUCCUUGGGAUUAAGUGUUAUUGAGUGUGCAAUGGGUAGAUAUCCAUAUCCACCAGAGACAUAUAAUAAUAUCUUUUCACAAUUAAGUGCGAUUGUCGAUGGUGAACCACCCGAUCUUCCUGCAGAGGGUUUCUCCCCAACCGCCCGCAAUUUCGUCCGAGGAUGCCUUAACAAAAUUCCAAAUAUGCGUCCUACAUACAGCGAUCUACUUCAACAUCCGUGGUUGGCUGAGCUUUCGAAACCAAACACAAUUUCGGAAGAAGAUGAAGAGGAAGAUGAAGACCAGGUCGAUGUGGGCAGUUUAAGUCUGGAAGAUGGUGUAAAACAAGAUGCAUCAAAUGGUAUCCUGACAGGAACCGAAGAUUCGGAGGUUGCAGAAUGGGUCAAAAAUGCUAUUGAGAGGAAGAAAUUAGGUCUCAUGGGUACACAUGAACAACCCGCCCUACAUAAGGCGCCUUUGGAUACGGUUAGUCCGUUGCCGAGUCCGAGGGAGUAAGGCAUUGAGGGAUUGGUGCAAGGUAAAUGAAUGAGCUCAUAAAUGCGAAAGAGAAAGAUGAUUUUACAUGGCAUGGAAUGGAGUUUCGGGUGGGCGCCAUUACAAUUUUUGAACGAUUGACAAGCUGGCAGUAUGCAGACUCUACUUUGAGAUCCUAGAAGUGCAUAAUCUGAAAGGGCACACGAUUUGUACAUUUGACACUCUUACCUUUUCUUUUUCUUUGUUCUUCUCUUUCUGUCCUAGGAAACGAAAACGUAUCAAAUUCUUUUCUUCUUUUUUGAUGAUGCAUAGCAUGUAUGAUGGGUAAUUAGGCAAUAAAUGAAACGGACUAUCGUAUUCUUUGAAUGAAGAAUGAUUUGGGGUAUGGGGAAAUGAUAGGAAAUGAAAUGAAAUAAACGGGGGGUUGGGAGAGGAGGAGGGAUAGGAGAAAGAUAGAUACCUUUGAGAUUAAUGAAAUGACAUGAAUGGAUUGAAAUGACAUCAAAAAUUUCAUGGAAUGAUUGAGCAGUGGUGAAUUCUAAGACGUCUGGAGAAAAUAAGUGGUAGGUAGGGUCAGUGAUGGGUUUGGUAUCGGCUUGGUAUUGGAUUGGAUUAUCGGUGAAUCUAUCUGAAUUGGAGUCGCUUACUUGGGAUUUCAUAUUUUGGCUUUGAGAUGGAUGGGUGGUUUGGUUUGGUUUGGUUUGGUUUGAUACAGGAUUUUCGUAUUUCUGCAAGGGAUUGAAACAAGAAGUAAAGAGAGAUCAGAAUUUGUACUUUGAGCAGGUUUUUUUGUUCUUCUGUACGGCAGCUCUCUGUGGUAAUGUAUCUUCAUAGAAUUUGCAGUGAUACUAACGU